AAUUUCCGAGCCUAUAUAUUGGUGUCUGAUCCUUUACAAGUCAAGUGGUGUUCCAUCUCCUGUUUUUAGCAUCGUCGUCCACCUGAGCUGAACUUUUGAUCAUGCAAAGCGUAGUGUACCUGGUAGCAACUGCUUCCUUGCUAGCAGCUGGCAUCCCGCACCUUAAUGCUGAAGUCGACAAGGAAUAUGAAAGUUCAGCAACCAUGCCCCAAACCUCAGUGGGAGCAAAGAGCGUCGAGGAAGAAAGCUCACAAUCCGCCUCCAAUUCCAGUAAGCAUCGUCAUUCCGUCGGGGGUUCGCACCAAAGCUCACUUGGACUUAAGAGCUUAGAGGAAAAAAAAACAAAGGCCGCCUCCAACUUCAGCAAGGAACAUAAAGCCAUCGAAAGCGCGGCUCCAACCUCAGUGGGAAGUGAGAGCGAAGAGGCAAAAAAGACACACUCCUC